GUACCUGUGAGAGUGGACCGCACUCUUCUGGCAUGUGCCGCUGAAGACUGACAGUUGGCUGCUCAUUUUUCAUGACGGGUUUUAGACGCAAGCUUUAAGAAAAAAGAGGAUUCAAAGUGAACCACGACGACUCCUCAGGACGGUUCUUCCUCGCGCUCAUACCAUGGCCGCCUCCGCCUCUGCUUCGCGGGACAGCUACUUCUGGUUGCUCUGGAGACGGACCCUCCUCGCGCUCUGGUUCUGCGCGCUCAGCACGCGCGCAGCGGAAGGUGACGACACUUUUAACGCAGAGUUAUGGCUGAGGAUGUACGGCUACCUGCCACAGGCCAGCAGACAGAUGUCAACAAUGCGAUCGGCUCAGAUCUUAUCUAACGCCAUCAGUGACAUGCAGCGAUUCUACGGCCUGGAGGUCACGGGAACGAUGGAUCCACAGACAAUCAGUGCCAUGAAGAGACCCCGCUGUGGCGUUCCUGACAAGUUUGGAGGCCAGAUCAAAACAAACGUGCGGCGGAAACGCUUUGCCCUCACUGGACAUAAAUGGAACAAGAACCAGCUCACUUACAGUAUCCAGAACUAUACUCCUAAGAUUGGAGAGUAUAACUCAUUUGAGGCCAUCCGACGAGCUUUUAAAGUCUGGGAGAGGGUCACGCCUCUGACGUUUGAUGAAAUCCCCUACCAGGAGAUCAAAUACGGACGCCGUAAGGAGCCUGACAUCAUGAUCUUCUUUGCUUCAGGUUUCCAUGGAGACAGCUCUCCUUUUGAUGGAGAGGGGGGCUUUCUAGCCCAUGCUUAUUUCCCUGGACCUGGAAUGGGUGGUGACACGCACUUUGACUCUGAUGAACCAUGGACCAUAGAAAACCAGAACAUACAUGGUAAUGACCUCUUCCUGGUAGCAGUCCAUGAGCUGGGUCAUGCCCUGGGUUUAGAGCAUUCCAAUAACCCAAUGGCCAUCAUGGCUCCCUUUUACCAGUGGAUGGAGACAGAUGACUUCCAGCUGCCAGAGGAUGAUCGGCGAGGCAUACAGCAGAUAUAUGGUCAACCAGACAGCGGCCCCACUCAGGCUCUGCCCACAGUAAUGCCUCGUCGCCCAGAGCCACGCCCCCCUCAGCCACCUCCUCGUCAUCCUGACCGUCCAAGGACCACGGAUAGACCAGAACACUAUGGACCCAAUAUCUGUGAAGGGAACUUUGACACGGUUGCUAUGCUAAGAGGAGAAAUGUUUGUUUUCAAGGGCCGUUGGUUCUGGCGAGUUCGUCGAAACAGGGUUCUGGAUAACUAUCCAAUGCCCAUCAGCCACUUCUGGAGAGGUUUGCCUGGAGAUAUUGAUGCUGCCUAUGAGAGGCAUGAUGGCAAGUUUGUCUUUUUUAAAGCAAACAGAUUUUGGCUUUUCCGGGAGGCCAACCUGGAGCCGGGCUAUCCACUUGAACUGGUUGACUAUGGCCGGGAUAUUCCCUAUGACCGAAUAGACACAGCCAUUUUUUGGGAACCAUCUGGCUACACUUUCUUCUUUCAAGGAGAUUGGUACUGGCGUUUCAAUGAAGACUAUCGUGCAGCAGACAGAGGUUACCCUAAAUCAAUCAGCGUCUGGGGAACGUCAGUUCCCUCCAGUCCCAAGGGGGCCUUCCUCAGCGAUGACAGAGCUUACACCUACUUUUAUAAGGGUUCCAAGUACUGGAAGUUUGACAACAGCCGUAUGAAGAGUGAACCAGGAUAUCCAAAGUCCAUCCUGCGUGACUUCAUGGGCUGCAGCGUGGAUCUGGACCAAGACAAAGACAGGGAAACUGACGCAGGACCCAAGUAUCCAGAUGUGAACCAGCCACCGUUCAAUCCGGAUGCCGGCCGUGAUGGCGACAAAAGUAAAGACCGAGAUGGAGUGGAUGGCAACGGAACUGACAAAGAUGCAGGCAAAGGCACUGACAAUGACACAGAUGAAGACUACCGCGAGGGCCGCGAGGAAGACACCAAUGAGGUGGAUGUGAUCCUUAAAGUGGACGACAGUGAGGAGCGGACCAUGAAUAUCCUGAUGGUAACCAUCCCAUUGGUCCUGGUGCUGUGCAUCCUAGGAUUGAUCUACGCCAUAAUCAACACACUGCAGAGCAAAGGCGCACCACGGCUGCUGGUGCAUUGCAAGCGCUCAUUGCAGGACUGGGUCUGACCCUUGCUUUUAGGGAGUACUGAACUUUGAACUGUUGAUGGACAAUAGGCAACCCUUCCUACCAAACACGAGCCCCGUGCCAGUAAUCCAUCUGUCUCAAGUCUCUGCUCAGUGGGCCUUCUUGCAGCUCUUAGUACAUGUGGUAGUAGAUCCAUUAAUGCAGAUACUGUGCUGAUACAGACACAUGCAGAUGCAAACAGAACACUGACAAAUACACAACACAAGAUGCAUAAACUGACAUACACAUCACACCACGCUCCUACUAUGUCCCAUGGUGCUCAACAAUGCGUUGACUCUAGUCUAUUUAUGUGAGAGAAGUUUGCACAUUGUUUUGAUUAAUUUUGUGUACGUAGUGAUUUUUUUAAAUGUUAUUAUUUCUAAAACCUGAAGCUUUGGUCUCAUACUGUCCCAUCUGUCCAAAACCGCCCCUUCACAUCAUCUCAGUCAUGGCAGUUUUGUUUUUGUUUUUGUCUUUCAAAGAUUUUGGACAUUUGUUUACCCUGCCACCAUCGCCACAACAAAAAUACUUGGAAAAGAAAAAUGGACUGACAAAUGAGUCUGCCUAAAAAGGUGGUUUCUCACCCCUUUCAAUCCUUGUUCUUGUCCUCUUUUCCUGAGUCCAGUUCAUCUCUUUUACUGAUCACUAAACUACAACUAUUUGUAGCUAAGAAUACACUUUAAAGGCCACACUAUAUGUCACAAGGCUAAAAGCUGAAGAACAGGCUAGUGAACAUAAAUGUAGCCCUUAAUAAUUGCGUUGUGUUAAACCUUCACUCCAGCGUGAAGCAGGAAGUGUCUGGAAGCUGCAUUGGCUCAGCAUUUUGGCUCAGAGCACGGUACUUCCUUUAAUUUUUACUCUUAGAAAUCUGCAUAGUUCUGCAGGCGAUUUUGGAAACUUUGCAGUCAUAGUUUGCUAAACCUAUACUAGCAUUAUCAAACAUGUUACUUCUGUAGCAGAAGUGAAUGAGAGAAGUCAGGCCUUACAUGCUGGCCCUUCAAUGAUUACGUAAGCAACCAGAGCAAGGGAUCGUAGUCCACUGUUGUGUUUGUAAGCCUCACACAAAAAUUGUAAACUCGCUAUCAUUGCAGCUGGAACUGUGAAAUGUGCCUCUGUGGUCACAACGUUUUGCUUAUUUGGAAGGAUACGUGUGCUUUAGAGCCUUAAAUUAGUCUUUUCCACUUCUGAUCCCUUGUUUCUCUCUCUUCUUAUUGGUCCCAGUAACACAAGAGAGAUAAGACCUGCUGUCGCACCAGAAAGAUUUAACUUUUGUUUGAACUCCUUAGCUGCUCUCUGGGAUAGGAGUUGGACUACCAUCCUCUAAAACUAGGGGGGCUUGGGAGCUAACCUGGGGGUGUUGUAGACACUCAUUCACUUCAACAUACGGUACCCGUGGCUAAGCAGUGCCACAAUAGGCCGCAGGUCCUGUAUGGAACUUGCUUAUUUUUAUUUCUGAUAUCUCCGAGUGAUAAGCCCAAACAUAGCCCCAAAGCCCAAUUGUUCAAUUUUCGAUUUUUCCGGAAUUGUGUUGCUGAGCAACCUCAGAGACACACACAAGCCGUGUUGAGGCACUGCUCGGGAAAACUCGCGCCAAAGUCGGCAAGCUGUAACAGCUGUUUUAUGGCUGUCCUGUCCAUCGAGGAUCUUAAAACAAACAUUGGCUCUGAAAGUCUAUACUACACGGGGCAGUCAAGGACAUGCUUAGCAGUCAGUUCUUUUGUCUUUUGUCAUUCGAAGUGUACUGACACCUUAAAUAAUGGGUAAGAGUUGAGUUAGAAAAAGCUAUAACAGAUAUUUUUCUGUACUUUGAGAGAAGAUGGUAACAUUGCGCAAAAAUAACCUCCAUUCGACUCCUGACAGAAUCCUGUGUAUCCUGUGGGUUACACAGUCUCUCUCGUGUUAAUGUAGGCAUCACUUUAGUUUUAAACUCACUUACUCCUUUGUUUUCUUUAUUGCACGCUUACAGCUUUCUCCAGUCAUUGUACCUUAUUUCCUUUUUUGGAAACUGCUCAACCACAUCUUUGGCUGAUUUGGUAAACAGACUUUAUGUGUUUAAAAGGAACCUUUUUAGUUUAAUUUCCAGUAUUGUGGCUAAAACCCAGAGUGGCUUCCGUGAGUCAACAUUAAUAUAUUUUUUUUCAGAGGCACUAAUGGUUAAUUAAAAGUUAGCAUAGGGUGAAAUAACCUACAAGAAUGAGCACUAAUGGAAUUUGUGUAUGUUAUGUAAAACAAGGGAGAAACAAAGCAAAAUAAUGAAGUCUGAUUUCAGGAUUGAACACAAGUCACAUGAACUGGUUAAUGCGCCAUGCCACUUUAAUGGACUUUAUACGGGUAGUGGGUUUUUUUUUUGUUUUGUUUUGUUUUACAGUUUAAGAAACCUUGUUGAUGGCCUGUGAUCUUAGACCAUAGACUGGAUUCAGUGGAUGGUUUCUGACUCAAGUGAUCACAGACUUGUCCAGCUAAUCCACUUCAUUAAAAACAGCAAAUGUGCACGAUUGCCGUUAACCCCCUGUGAACCUUAAACCAAAACAUGAACUCCCAGAAAUAAAACACUCUGUCUUUCAUCUCAGUCGAGCAGAGAUAGAACAAAUGGGUGUCGGCAGUGAUGUUGGUCUUAAAGAAUGCUGGUCUAUUUGUAGAUGUUCUGGGGUUGAUAUUUACAUUUGGGACAAAAACUAAAUCAGUGCAGUACGCAUUUAGAACAAAAACACCAUCAUGGGUUAAUCGGCUAUUUAAUGUAAUGACACGGGUCAAGCUAAAAAAAAGUCACAGAAGGCUGUCUCUUGUCGCCACUGAAAGGUGAAAAUAUCAUUAGGAAUGUCUGGUAGCAUGGAGAAGAUACCUUGUGGAGGUAAACAUGCACAUGUUGACCUCACUAAACAUAAACAAACUUUUAGGAUGGCCGAUUAUGCAGUUUGUCAUUUACCUCAGUGUAGCUUAGUGCCACCAAAUGUACUGGACGCUAAGGUAACCAGCUAACUGUAUAAGUGGUCAUCUUCAAAAGGUUCCUUGCAACAUUUAGUGAUGUAAUCAUGCACAGUUUUACUUCUCUCAGGACAUUCGCAAGGCUACCAGACGCUUCUAAUGACACUUUCACCUGUUCAGUGGGGACAAGAAACUGAAUUGAGUGUUGUUAGCUUGCUCUGCGACGUUACAUCAUACAGCCAGUUAGCCCAUAGCAGUGUUUGCAUUCCUUACUGAUUAAUUUCAUUUAUGUCCCAUGUUAAAUGAUUAAACCCAAAGCAUCU